CCCUACUUCCUGUCAUGUAGAGCCCUACUGUCUGACCAGGCCCUGGGGACCACAGACCAGGCCUGUUCUCUCCCAGAUACAGUGGUGUUCAGCCUGGCUCCGGCGGGAGGGAAGACACCUUCCAGACCCGUCUCUGUGGCCUGCUGGGACCUGCUAAGAAAGGAGGAGGGGGGGAUCUCUCAGUUCCCUCUACCAACCAGACACAUGAUGUUCAGCUGUCUGCCCACCCCAGACCCUGGACCUGUAGCUGGGUCUGGGUCCUGGAGCCUCCCGGCCCCCAUCAGACCUGACUUCCCCAGGCAGAGUGUGGCCGUCCCUGGGGAGAUCUGCAGCAGCAGUGGUCUGAGCACCAGAGCGUUGGUGAUGACAUACCAGGAACACCUGGGCAUCACCUACGUGACGCUGAACGAGGACCCCUGUCCUCACAUGGUCAUCCACAACCAGACCCCUCUCUCUAUGCUGCUCAGGGAGAAUGUCAAGGAACCCCCCAGGACAGAGGUGUACUGCCGCCCCCUCCCUGCUAACUCCUCCCUCCACCACGGACUCUACCACCACUUCUCCAGCUUCCCUGACUGCAGACAGAGAGAGCCUCUACCCACCGUGCAGCUGAAGACCAGUCCUGACCCAAACACGGCCCCUGGAUCCGGUCCACAGCCCGGCGACCCGCAGACGUCUCCAGAGUGGAGCGACCCGGUGGACAUCAACUGCCCCGGCACACAGGUGGUUUUCCUACCAGGGUUUGGCUGUCUCUACAUAGACGUAGUCCAUCAGGGUGGCACAGUCAUCCUAACCCUGGCACCAGAGGGCAGCGUGGACUCUGUCAUGAGCCUGCACAACAGGACGUCCAAUCGGAAGCUGGCGUUCAGGGUGUUGCUGAGCGAGGCCAGUGUGUCGCUGAGUGAUGACAUCACCAGUCGUUCGGGUUCCGUGGAGCUCUUGAGGCUGACUCUGUCCAAACUGCUACUGAACCUGUGUCCUGCACGGCUGGGUGACUCUGGCACGGGGCUGGGUGAAGGAGGCAGGAGGCUGGUCACCGCCGGGAUGGGAGAGGCCUGUCUGGUGGAAGUCCACUGUGCCAGCCUGCAGGUGGACAACCAGCUGUAUAACCGUGCCAGCUUCCACUUCCCGGUGUUGUUGUGCCAGGAGCAGAGUGUGGAGCUUCCCCUCUGGACCAGCGAUGCCAACCCCACCACCUCACUACAGGCCCUGGAGGAGUUUAAGGCGUCGUGCUUCCUCCAGCUGGGUCUCACCCUGGACAGGGAGGACUACAGUGUGGACCAGCUGACCUUCCACAUCAAACCAGCCCGUCUCUACCUAGAGGACACCUUCGUCUACUACAUCAAGACUCUGUUUCACACCUACAUCCCAGACUCAGCCCUGGCCCCUUCCCCGGGCCCUAACCUCUCAGAGAGCUACGGUGGUCCCUUGCUCCCGGAGACCGUCCUUCAGUCCAUCCCAGCCCUGGUGCACCCUCUGAGACUGCAGCGACUGGUCAUUCAGCCGGUCAACGUGUUGGUUAGCGUCCACGCCUCUCUGAAGCUCUACAUCGCCUCGGACCACACCCCGCUGUCUUUCUCCCUGUUCGACAGAGGACCGCUCUGUACUACAGCCAGACAGCUGAUUCACGCACUCACCAUGCACUACGCUGCCGGGGCGCUGUUCAGAGCUGGCUGGGUGGUGGGGUCUCUGGAUCUCCUUGGAAGUCCUGCCAGUCUGGUGAGGUCCAUCGGUAACGGAGUAGCAGACUUCUUCCGCCUGCCAUAUGAGGGUUUAACCCGGGGCCCCGGGGCCUUCGUCAGCGGAGUGUCACGAGGAACAACCUCAUUCGUCAAACACAUCUCUAAAGGCACGCUGACGUCCAUCACCAACCUGGCGACCAGCCUGGCCAGGAACAUGGACCGGCUGUCCCUGGAUGAGGAGCACUAUACCAGGCAGGAGGAGUGGAGGAGACAGCUACCUGAGAGCCUGGGGGACGGACUCAGACAGGGCCUGUCUAGACUGGGCAUCAGCCUACUGGGAGCGAUCGCUGGCAUCGUGGACCAACCCAUGCAGAACUUCCAGCGUGGUUCAGAGAUGCAGAGUUCAGCAAGCAGCAAGGCCAAAGGGGUCAUCUCUGGGGUGGGGAAAGGCAUCGUGGGGGUCUUUACCAAACCUAUAGGGGGCGCCGCAGAGCUGGUCUCUCAGACGGGAUACGGUAUCCUUCAUGGGGCUGGUCUCUGGCAGCUCCCCAAACAGCUGUACCUCCCAGCAGACCAGAAGUCAGCCCUCGCCCCCAACAGUCACGUCAAAUACGUCUGGAAGAUGCUCCAGUCCCUGGGUCGUCCAGAGGUGCACAUGUCCCUGGAGGUGGUGAUCGUGUCCGGGUCGGGUCAGGAGCAUGCUGGGUGUCUGCUGCUGACAGGGGAGGUGGUGUUUGUGGUCAGUCUGUCUGAGGACACACAACAGCAGGCCUUCCCCAUCACUGAGGUGGCCUGUCAACAAGACCCCCACCACCUGGGGGCGCUGACCCUCACGCUGCAGCAGCAGAGACUCACCAACGAUGUAGAGGGUGACAGUGGGAGGGAGUUGUCAGAGCAGCAGUAUGGUCGCCUGGUGGACUAUGUGACUCGUGCGUCUGCGUUCCUCUCCCCCUCGGCCUCGUCCCUCCAGCAGGCUCCUCCCAUCACCCCGGCCGAGCCUCCGCCCGCCGUCACCAAGACCUACCGUUACCUGGUCGACCCCGCCCACGCCGCCGUGUUCGUCUCCAAGUUCACCAUGGUCAAGAACAAGGCGCUACGCAUCGGCUUCCACUGACUCACCUGUACACACACACACACUCACCUGUACACACACACACACACCUGUACACACACCUUUACAGAGACGCUGACACACCUGUACACACCUGUACACACACACCUUUACAGAGACGCUGACACAACUGUACACACACACCUUUACAGAGACGCUGACACACCUGUACACACACACACACACACACCUGUACACACACCUUUACAGAGACGCUGACACACCUGUACACACCUGUACACACACACCUUUACACACACACACACACUCACCUGUACACACACCUUUACAGAGACGCUGACACACCUGUACACACCUUUACACACACACCUGUACACACACACCUGUACACACACACCUUUACAGAGACGCUGACACACCUGUACACACACACCUUUACAGAGACGCUGACACACCUGUACACACACACCUUUACAGAGACGCUGACACACCUGUACACACCUGUACACACACACACACCUUUACAGAGACGCUGACACACCUGUACACACACACCUUUACAGAGACGCUGACACACCUGUACACACACACACACCUUUACAGAGACGCUGACACACCUGUACACACACACACACCUGUACACACACACACCUGUACACACACACCUUUACAGAGACGCUGACACACACUCGUACAGAGAAACACCUGUACACACACACACACACCUUUACAGAGACGCUGACACACCUGUACACACACACACCUUUACAGAGACCCUGACACACACUCGUACAGAGACACACCUGUACACACACACACACACCUUUACAGAGACCCUGACACACACUCGUACAGAGACACACCUGUACACACACACACACACCUUUACAGAGAUCCUGUACACACACACACACCUUUACAGAGACGCUGACACACCUGUACACACACACACCUGUACACACACACACCUGUACACACACCUGUACACACACACACACACCUGUACACACACACACACACCUGUACAGAGACCCACCUGUUGUCGUCUCUCUUUAGGUUGAACAUCCACAAACUGCCUUUAAUGUCCUCUAUGCAUUAUGAAACGUUGCACCCCAUCAUAGAUUAAAGGGAAGAGGGUUUCAACUUGGAUUUACUCUUAAACAUUUCAAGAAAACACCUGUGGCAGUGAACACUAAUGUUGAGACUGGAGGGGACUGUACGUCCCAAUGCCACCCUAAUCCCUAUAUAGUGCACUACUUUAGCCCAGGCCCCAUAGGCCCCUGUGUUGGGAAUAGGUUGCCAUUUGGUCGUUUCACCCGUCAUAUUGUCCUUAACCGAGUUUCUCUGUGCUCUUUAUUCCUGUGUAACUGAGCUGUUUAAAGCCGAGAGCCUCUCUGACUGGGUCACGGUGCCAGUGGUGUCGCGGUGCCAGUGGUGUCGCGGUGCCAGUGGUGUCGCGGUGCCAGUGGUGUCGCGGUGCCAGUGGUGUCGCGGUGCCAGUGGUGUCGCGGUGCCAGUGGUGUCGCGGUGCCAGUGGUGUCGCGGUGCCAGUGGUGUCGCGGUGCCAGUGGUGUCGCGGUGCCAGUGGUGUCGCGGUGCCAGUGGUGUCGCGGUGCCAGUGGUGUCGCGGUGCCAGUGGUGUCGCGGUGCCAGUGGUGUCGCGGUGCCAGUGGUGUCGCGGUGCCAGUGGUGUCGCGGUGCCAGUGGUGUCGCGGUGCCAGUGGUGUCGCGGUGCCAGUGGUGUCGCGGUGCCAGUGGUGUCAUGGUGCCAGUGGGGUCACGGUGCCAGUGGUGUCAGACGAACGCUCAGGAGAAAUGGUUCAUAUCCAAAAGCUGUCGACCAAAACAUGGUUGUGGGAUUCGUCGCUUUUCAAAUGUAUUUUUGUUUCUUCUAGAAGACGUAACACAUUACGAUGAGAUGUUUAACUCGUUUAGUUCUGUGUAUUUUGAGUUCAUACCCAAUAUCAUUACCUUGUUUUAAUUCUGUUAAAACACAGUUUUUGUACUCUAAUGCUUUUGAUGGUCUGGAUCACGUGUCCAACUCCAUUCCACGGAGGUCUGAGGGGGUUUUCCCUCCUCCCUUUGUACUUGAUUGAUUAAUUAAGGUAACUAAUUAGUAAAGAACUCCCCCUCACCUGGUUGGCUAGGUGUUAACUGAGAGGAAGGACCUGCAGACGCCAGGACCUCCGUGGACAGAGUUGGACCCCUCCUGGUCUACCUGGAUAAUAUAUUGUAUUAAUGACAUUCUAAUAAAAUAUUGAAGUUGG